AGAGGACUGUGAAAGUGCUGGUCCCUGGAUAGGCUGGCUGUGUGUGCCGGCUGCUAGGUGCAUGUGACUGCUCUUCUUACAUUGCCAUGGUGUGGCAGCAAGCAUCAGCCAUGGAGGCUGCCUGACAGACACACAGGCUGCUGCUGUGGGGAGACUGAUAGGAGCAGACAACUCUACUGCACAUCUCUAUAAGAACGUUUAAAGCGGGAUGUGAUGUGGAUCGAUCCAAGCAACUAUCCAAGAAUAUGUGUUCUGCAGUAUAACCGCUCCGGCCUGUGGUAGCACACUGCUCCUUACAUUGACAAGUUAUCAAGACCAAGUCUGCAUAAUCCUUAGAAAAACAUGGCAGAUGAAAGAGAAGCAAUACAAGAUGUUCAGGAGGAUUUGCUGAGUGCUAACACUUCAGAGAAGAAGAGGACGGGAAAGUUUCAACCUCUAAGGAAGCUCUUUGGUAAGAAGAAAAAGAAAAACUCCUCACUUCAUUUUCAAGAAGGCAAACUUAAGCCAAGCCGGUCUAUCGGGAGUGUGUGCAGUAACCCAGCGUCGGCGUUGGCUUCUGAUGAAGAAGCAUGCGAUGAUUUGAGACUCCUCGCCAAUAGCAUGGGAACAAGAGCCGUUUCUCAUGACAGUAUUUUCAUACCGGAUGGGCAAGCUGAAGAUGGACAAGAAACUCCGGCUACAUCACAGGACCACAAUGUGGGGAAAGUGAAGUCACUCCAGCAACAAUUGGGAAAGAAUAUUCGGUUUGGACAACCGCCGCCAGCCAAUGUUCCGAUAAAGAGGAUGCAAGAUUUGGGAGCUGCCACUGAAGAAAUGGAGGAAACACAGAACGAUUCCAUGGAUAGCUUAGGGGAACAUGACGUGGGGGUUCUAAGUAGUGGCAAUAUGAUUACUGGGUCACCAAGUUCUCAUGGCACCAGGAACGCUCCUCAGCCAGAACACAAGACAGAGGAGAAGGUCACUCCAGUGAAAUCAUAUCGAACAAAAAGACCAUCUGGCACAAUAGAAUCUAUUAAUUUGGACGCUGUUCCUCGAUCUGCUGCUUGUUUAGAUAAUAGUGCCGCUAAACACAAACUUUCCGUCAAGCCAAAAAAUCAAAGAGUGUCAAAGAAACACAGAGGCAUGUCCCAGGAUUGUUACAACAUAGAAGACAUCGAACAUGAAACUGGAUUGAGCGUGCGUCGAUCUCUUAACAAAGCCAUGUACCACUCAAUGGAUAUUUCCAGACAGGAUAUAAUUGUUUCUAACUAUUUUGAACGUAAAGCCCUUGGAUUACCAAUUCCAGAGCAAGGAAAAAAAGAUUGGGAAGAAAAACAUGAAGAGCCAGUCACUUCUAAAUCUGAUGUAAGUAGACAAACAGAUAAAGAAAAGAUGUUAGAUGUUGAUAAACGUAGAACAGAAGAGGAACAAAAAAGACAGGAGAUCAUUAAGAACAUUGAGCUAGAAAGACUCCAGCAUAAGAUGAGAGAACAGAAGGAAAAUGAAAUGAAGGAGCAGCGUAGGCGUGAGGAAGAGAAGAAACGAAGGGCUGAACACAUUUUGAAAGAAUUAGAAGAACAGAGAAAACAAGAUGAGCAAAAACAGCGUGAACUAGAGGAGCAGAAACGCUUGAAGUUAGCGGAAGAACAGAAAACUCGUGAGCUGGAGCAGAAGAAAGCACAGCAGCUAGCUGAGGAGCAGAAGAGGAAAGAAACAGAAGCACAACAGAAAGCUCUGCAGGAAGCUGUGGAGCAAAAAAGACUCGAAGCAGAGAAACAGAAGGCAGAAGAGGAAAAGAAAAAGCGUGAAUUGGAGGAACAGAGAGCUCUGCAGGAGGAACAGAACAAACACAAGCUUGAGGAGCAGAGAAUCCUUAUGAUGGCAGAAGAGCAGAGAGAGCGUGAACUGGAGCAACAAAAAGCUCUUCAGAUUGCAGAAGAAGAGAGAAAGCGUGAGGAGGAGCAGCAGCAGGCAAUUCAAAUAGCAGAAGAGCAGAGGAAGCAUGAACUGGAGCAGCAAAAAGCACUUAAGAUUGCAGAGGAGCAGAGAAAGUGUGAACAAGAACACCAGAAAGCACUUCAAACUGCACUAGAGCAGAGAAAGUAUGAAAUGGAGCACCAAAAAGCACUUCAGUUAGAAGAAGAACAUAAAAGGCAUGAGCUACAGAGAUCGCUUCUAGAAGAAGAGAAGAGGCAUGACUUGGAGGAACAGAGCACCGAUAAGGCAGCUGAGGAGCAGAAAGGGCUUGAAGUAGAAGUAGAGGAAAAGAAACUGGUACACGAGGAACCUUUACAGAAAGGCAAUGCAAUAAAUGAGGGUGUUAAGAAGAAUGCAGUAGAAGCAGGGCAUUCCUCUCCAGAAAGAAGCAUUAUAGAGAAACCUCAGCCAGAAAAGCUGAAAGCAGAGGAAGCUAGUAAAGAAAAUGAUGUGGCGUCAAAACAGAGACAGAGUAAUGAAGAAUUACGAUGGCAGGAACUCGAUCAAAGGCAAAGACCCUUUACAUUUAAGGUCACAUCAGGUGAAAAGCAGAUUAUAUUUGAAAAAGUUCAUUUAUCUCCAGUUACAGGAGUAAAAGAGCAACCAACAUGCGCUGAUACACCAAGCCCCAAAGAAACUAAAGCCAAUAGUUCACAUGCCCUUCCAUCCUCCCAGUGCAUUCCCCACACUGCAAUUUUGGUUACAGGAGCACAACUGUGCGGUACAGCAGUAAAUCUGAAUCAGAUUCAGGACACGGCUUGUAAGACGUUGCUUGGACUGACAGAAGAGAGGAAACUAGAUAUUGCUGAAACCAAAAAUGAACGAGAUAGUGGAGAUCCUAAAUAUAUCAGCUGUAAAACUAAAUACACUUCAGAGUCAUUGGAAAAUCAGUCCGUCAUGGCAGAAUGGGCUUCCAUUAGGUCGAAAAUCUUCAGCAAAACUGAAAAUGCUGCCAUGACUGAGAAGAAUAAAAGUGAUCCUCCUGCAUCUAGUGAUGAGUGGACAGCAAAGGGUAAAGGUGAAUCCCAUAACAUCUUACGAAAGACAGUGUCAGCAAAUGCUAAAUUUUCUAUAACACCAGCAUGGCAGAAAUUUCCAGAAACUGCGAAAAACGUUGCAUUUAGUACGGAGACCUCAAUAAUACAAACAAAUAGGGAACAUAUAGAAACAGCGUUACCUGACCGUGCAGCCCAGGGACGGUCUACAGAAAGGGCAAUGAGUGUCCAAGAAGUGGUGGCAAACAAAAGGCAAGUUACGAUAGAAGAUGGUGCAGAAGGGUGUAUAUUUUCUAAAGAUCUUCCAUCUUUCUUGGUUCCUAACCCACCUCCAUCUCCUCGUCGUGGUCAUUUAGAAGGACAAACUUCCCUCACUGCACACAUGGUCAACAGUAUAAGAAAAACUGAAAAAUUAAUCCAAACCACUGAAGAGAAAAUGGCUCCAUUUGGUAUCAAAUUAAGAAGGACACAUUAUUCCUUGAGAUUUCAUUCAGAUCCACAGAAUGAUCAGAAAAGGAAGAAACGAUAUAGUGCAGGUGACAGCUUUGAAGGUAUUCCUACUCCGUUUACUGCAGGAGAUGAAACUGAAAUAAGGACUUUACCCCUCAAAGAAUGUUCAGUAUCCCCUACUAAAUUAAAGAAAGACAGUACUUGUAAAGUCUUGUUAGAUUCCUCAAAUAAUGCAUCUGAAAAUGUGCAUAGUACACUGAUAUCUCCAGUGAUCCCAGAUACAAGUCCCAAUCUGUCAUCACCCAACAAAGAUAGAAUAGCUCCCAAGUCACCGGUCAUCCACAAGCCAUCACUUGCUCCUAAACCAUCCAGUCCAACUCCACCAUCCUCCCCGCUUUAUAAACUGAGUAAAACAGAUGUAAAUGACCCACAUGACGAAAAGUGGGACAAAACUGAAACAGGACAUGUAACCAAUGAAGUUAAAGCCAGUGUUGCUUUACCUCCUUCAAAACAUAGCGAAAGUAUUGAAUGUGACAAAACAGAUAAAGCAAAUUUGCCAUCAAUCCCUUGGAGAGAGAAGCCAGAAAAAAGACCAGAGAAAACUGGAAGAGACCGACCAGUGCUUCAGAGCCGCCAUUCGCUGGAUGGCACAAGACUGAUGGAGAAAGUUGAAUCUGCUCAGCCGCUUUGGAUCACACUUGCUUUACAGAAACAAAAAGGAUUCCGUGAACAGCAAGCAUCCAGAGAGGAGAGGCGACAAGCCAGAGAGGCCAAGCAAGCUGACAAGCUGGCAAAAGAUAUUGCAUGCAAUGUGCAGACAGGAGAAUACCGAAGCAGAUCUGGCUCCCUGCAGAAGCCCCAGGAAGAGAAGAAAUGUGAGACAGUGGUGACUAGGCUCCAGCGAAGGGAACAGCUGCAGAAAUCCAACACUCUUCCAACAUCUGUCACAGUGGAAAUUACAGAGACUGUUCCAGUAACACAUGCAAAGGAUCUUCCAAAGAGGUUCUCCACUCCAGAUGCCACUACUGUCUCAUCAGAACCAGCAUGGCUGGCAUUAGCCAAGAGGAAAUCUAAAGCUUGGAGCGACUGUCCACAAAUUAUUAAGUAGAUCCCCUGUCCUCAGUAGUUAGAUCCGCAUUAGACAUCCGUAACUUCUCUCUGUGUACCACUAUAUGGUUGUUGCGAUAGACUUCCACAGUGAUAACAUUUAAUUUUCUGGGGGUUUAUUCCAGAAGCAUUAACAUUAUCCUAUAGUUAUUCUGGUAAAAUGUGGACAUACACAAAUAACCUUUAUUAAUACAUUUCGAGAAACUGAAGAAAAGGAAGUUCUGUGACAAGUCAUGGGAAAAGGCGACUUCAUCAGGGCUAGGAGUUUAGCAUCCAACAACAGAUCUCACCAUGCCCAUGGCAUCACAGAUAUAAAUAAAUACUGUAUUCAGGUAGUCAAUUGGCUUGUGUAUAUGGCUGUAUUGAUGUUUCAUAAGAAUAUAACGUGAGCAUACAUUUUUAUCUUAGGUGAAUGAUAGCUGUCUCAACCUGCACAAAAUGAUGUCUUCUCUGGACCAAUAUGGCCAAUACAGGUUUGCACUUUUUCUUCUUGAUGAAUUCACGGUUUGCACACUUUGGUAUUAUGUGCCUCUACUACAGUGCUAUUAACUCAGAUCAUACUUAUGGGCUCUAGUAACGUUGGAGCCCAACAAGACUUUGUACAAUUGGUCAGCGGGACCUUUUGAGGACAAAAUAAGGGUUGGCCUUGAUCUACCUACAAGCUAUUGCCAGGUGUAGGAUCUGUCACUCUGACAUUGCCUUUGUGGGUGGCAGCCAUAGUGGCCAUUUAACACAUAGAUAUGUAUAGUGAUGAAAGCAUCUCAGGACUAGGGAUCCUGGGGCUGCCAUCUGGUUUGCAAGCUGACUAGUGAAUAAAAGGAUGUUCUGUUUAGAAUAGCUUUGGCUACUUGAGGAGAUGGGAUUUAAAGCGCCAAAACUUUUUUGCCCAUAAUGUUUAACAAAAACAAAUAUAGAAGGUAUGUCCCAAAUAUAGUAAACUCAAAUUCCAUAACAGAGAGAUAUAUAUAUGAGAGCUAGUGAUAUUUUUCCUAUGCACAAUGUAGUGGGUCUAAGGUGUGAACUUGUCAAUAUCCAUAGUAGAAUGACUAUUUUGUAUGUGUAAAAUAGAAAAUGGUAAUAGGUGUGCCUUUAGUGUUUGGGGCAGUCAUAGCAGGGCUACAAUUGAACUCUCAGGAUCCGGCCCUUUAAGGAGUGACUGGGCAAUUCCAGCCCUACAAGCAAUCCCUAUUCCUUCUUGUGAUGGUAUUUAUUAGUAGAAAAUGUUGUUUAUUUUUUGUAUAGUGAACAAUAAUGAAGAAAACACAUUAUAAGGUUUUGUCAAGUUUGCUUUAAGGAACAUCCAAUGCUGUAGUGUUAGGCUGGGUUCACACUACGGAAUUUCCGGGCAGAAAAUUUCCGACCGGAGAUUCCGAGUGCGGCCAGGCUAGGACCAUGCGGGCACUGCAGUCUCCAAUAGACGGCAAUGUGUUCCAAGAGUAUUUCCACCUGAAGAAUGAGAAACGCCAUUUUUCAGGCUGAAAUUUCCAAGCGGAUUUUCCGUUCACAAAUUCCGAAGUGUGAAUUUUUGAACGGAAACCCAUUCACUGUACAGUACAUUUUAGCAAGCGGAAUUUCUGCCUGCAAUUUCAAAGCGGAAUUGCAAGUGGAAAUUCCGUAGUGUGAACCUAGCCUUAUACUUGGUGCAGGGCCUCAGAUGGAAGAGCAUGUCACACGGAUUCAGAAAGCACCAGAGAAUCUUUGGGUCAUCUAUGUACCUGCAUUAGUUUUCCUUUAAUAGCAUUUUCAUUAAAGAAUAUGCAUACUCAUAACUUAUUACCUUUAUAAGAGAUCUCGAUAUAGAUAUACAAUAUCCCAAUACUCAUAUAUGUCAAAGAUUUAAGAUUUCUUAGAGGCCUCCGUGACUGCAAAGUUACAGUGACUGGCAGUGUCUUAAUACGUGUUUUGGGGGAGUCAAUAACUUUGUUAUAUACUUUUGUCAAAUACAUUUAGUGAUAUUAUAGCUCUACCUUACCAUAUACCAAAGAAUCUAAAGAUUACACCCUUAAUAUAUUCUGCCACCUAUAGGUACAUUACCACACUUGGCCUUUCAAACACUCAAAAAUCUAAUGUUGCAAAACAUAAUUGUUUAAAGUUUUGGGACAAUUGUAAAUGUCCAUAACCUUACCAAACCUACAUUCAAUGGCAACUUUGCUUGAUACAACCUCAAAAAAGGCAUUUUUCUUCAUGGCAAGAUGCUGAAUGCAUUCUUGGAAUUUUGUUGUGUAAACAUGCUGCAAAUUUACCCAUACACCUCAUCGUUACAUGCUAUUUAGGUACUGUUACUGUACAGGUGGUUCUAUACACAGCAAUGGAAAAUAUUAAGGAAGGGCUUAUACUGUCUCUUCCUGCGGGGCACACUCCCAGAUUUGGCUUGGAAAAAAAAGUCAUCAAAAACAGUUUAAAAAAAGAAAAUAAAAGUGUGUGUUUGAAACUACCCUUCAAGUCAGUGGAGAGGCAAAAAUUCAUUGACAAAAGUAUCAUGCUGAAAGCUGCCAUUAAAAGAUUGGGGUCAUAAUGAGAUAUGCAUGGUUGGCAACCAAAAAUUAGCAUUACAGGGGUACUCCAGCCCUAGACAUCUUAUCCCCUAUACAAAGGAUAGCAGAUAAGAUGUCUUAUUGCAGGGUUCCCACCACUAGGAUCCCCGUAAUCUCCGUGCAGCACCCGGCAUUGUAAACAUUAUGUUUAGAACCCUGGGUUCCGGCAGCAGUGGUCGUGAUGUCAGACAUCAGACUUUGGAUAGGGCAUAAGAUGUCUAGGGAAAACAUUUCAUACCGCAUUACCCCACCAAUAACCUGAACAUGGGGAUAUGGAUUUAUGUGGUCUACACCAAAUUCUGGCCCUACCAUAUGAGAGGUUAAGCAAAACUAAAAAGACUAGCCAGAACAGACCUUUUUCGUCCAUGCAUAGUGCCCCUUGUUCGACUUAAGAUUGCUACCUAUAGGUACAUUACUAUACUUGAACAGGAGAAGUUUGUACACAUUUUCACAAAUAUUUGGUGAUAGUAUGCCCACUGUUGCCUUACUUUCCUAUUUCUGGUUGCUAGGACUAGAAUGCUUAUUGGUAUCUUGCUAUUAUAACCUGUCCACAGGCUUGAUGUGCUCUGUUUUUGGAGGUGUUGGUGGUGCACACAUAUCCAAGAUACUGUCAGCUUAAAGCAAUCUGAUCCUUCCACUCCAAUUGCCACCCACAAGGCAUCUAUAGUAAGCUAUGUGUAUUGAGCAUCACACAAUCACCAUGAAAACCCCGGAGAUUACUAGACCGCAACAACCGCCAAAGUCACUUACAUUUCAUCCUAAACUACAGGUCAUUGGACAUCUACAAUACACAGAAUAGAACUUAAGUACUAGUCUUCCUGCUUGUACGGUAAAUUGUGUUUAGUAAUACAUUUAUUACAAUUUUGAUAAAAUUGGCCUUCAGUGCUCUUAGUAAUUUGCUUUACAUUCUAUAUGUAAGGACAUAUUGGAAAAUACACAAAGGCUGUCUAUAUGGUCCAUGACAAAAAUAACUGCAAGAACCCUAAGUGGUACUGUAACAUCGCCCCAGAUUCACUAAAUAUAUAAUCAUGCUCAAGUUAAAAUAAACUAGCAACACACUGUGAUAUUCUUCUAUUACAUGAUCUUUUCAUACCCACUACAAAAAUGCUCCAGGCAUGUUAAAAUAAGUUUCUGUAUGUUCCUAGGAUGAUCCAUUUUAUCUACUCCUCUUUCUGCAUCCUUUAGUGUUAAAGUAAUAGGAAGUUUGAGACUUAGACAGUUCUGGUGGGUUCAGCAUGUUGUCACAUAGGCUUCCCCCAAUGCUUAGUCUGAAUUGAAGACCAGGUAUUCACUGUACAUAUCUGUUUAAAUAAGCUAUUUAGCUGGACUGACAGCAGAAAAAAAAAGUCUUUUUUUUUGUACUCACCGUAAAAUCUCUCUCUCGUAGCCUUCAUUGGGGGACACCUAUACUGAUGGGUAUAUGCUCUUGCCACUAGGAAAAAAAAAGGUGUCUCCUCUGUGGCUGGAUAUACCCGCCCACUGGAAGUGAGGUAAUCAUUUUUUGUCUUAAAGCAGUAGGAGAAGCCAUCAAAGAACAAGUCCGAAGGGCCCAAGAAAAAAAUCCCGGAUAAAAAAAAAAAAAACACAACAACCGGAAAAGAUUAUCCGGACAAAAAUUGAAGAAAUAGGUUGGUGUGGUGUCCCCCAAUGAAGGCUACGAGAAAGAUUUUACUGCGAGUACAAAAAAAAUCUCCUUUUCUCGGUCACUCUUCAUUGGGGGACACCUAUACUGAUGGGAUGUACCAAAGCAGUCCCCUAGGGUGGGAAAAACAACCACCAGAGAAAGGGAAUCAAUCCAGAGACCGAACUAAUGUGUCCACAAGGCCUGCGGACUAGAUCCCGGGCAGAGAUGACUGAGGCCCAGGAACUGAGCUCCCGGAAAAUCCCCUGUUCAAGUAGAUGGACUAGGAUGCCAAAGGAAGACCGCAGUAGCUCGACUGGUGGAAUCUGGAGAACCGGAACGCCCCCCAUCUCGGGAGUACAUAAACCCCGAAGGAGGAAAGGAAUGCCCUUAAAAAGGGGGCAUCCCGGAACACCGGAGCAACCGACAUAGAAAAUGGAUGUGCCCGAGUCACCUGGAAGACUUACACCUGAAGAGUAAGGAAACGUCCGCAAAACGCUCCGGGCGACAAACUUCCAUGUCAAGACAUGAAGAAGUGCGGUCAAGAAAGACUGCCCCACAAAUGGGAUCGCAGAGAAGUCUGGGCAGGAUCACUAUACAUUCCUGAGACCUAAACCAUCACUAAGGCCCAAAGCACCGGGAGAGCCGCAUGAAAAGAAGGCAUGCUACAGCAUCCUAGGACAAUGUCCAAGACAAAUAGACUAACCAGUCUUGGAACCUAGCAGUCCGACCGGACCAGAGCACUCCGAAGAAACAUGCCGCCAGAACGGGAACGGAGGGACUCUCAGGUUCAGGGCUAAGGAAGGUUACUCCAGAAGACUAUGGUGUCAGUGCAGCGCAACUUACCCUGUCAAAAGGGAAGAAAGAACACACCCUUCCAGGAGAUUGCGCGGAGGAAGGAGGAGGAGAGCAAUGGUAGGACCCAAACAACAGACUGUGGCUAGACCGGGUGUCGCUGAACCAUACAUAAUUACAUAAACUCCUCCAACAAAGGAGAGUGCCAAGGCUGUGGGAGCAGCAGUAGAUAACAAAGAAAUGGGCAGUAAGCACACAAGCAUAGACAGCAAAAAGCUCUGUUGAUUGCAAAUAAACAAGGGCCCAGGCAGGUACCCCACCUAUAUAGUAGGAAAAGAGAGAUGGCUCCAUCUUGGCAGCAGAAACUGCUCAACAAAAUAGUCCCCCUAGUGGAGGGGAAACAAGGGGUGGUGAGAUGAAACUCAGGUACUGACCAUGCCAAGCUUCCUGAUCCCCGUACCUCCUGUGGAAGGGGGAUUGUCAAAGUGAGCUAGGCACUGUAGGAGCAGGGAAAUGCCUCCCCACAGCCACAGCACAAAGUACCGGGUGGACGUAGCUCCCAGGGCCACUGGGACAACCCAUCGCGAGGAGGAGCCAACUUGUGUCCCCAGAGGGAUCCAAAUCCUGCACACUGGAGCUGGGCAAAAAGAAGCCAGGAUAGAAGGUAUGCCCUUAGCAGACCAACGUUGCAACCUUAGAAAGGGGAACAGAGAGUGUUGUUGCCGUGAAGGUCCCUGGAACCUUCAGGAAAAACCCAAUGGUGCCACACAACAGGACUGCAGGCGCAGAUGCAAGAGAUGAAGUAUAUACUGUAUGUGGAGCAGGAAACAUGCAGACAUAGUCUGACUUACAGGUAGAACCCAUAGCCAUAGACACACACUUUCUGGAACUUCAUAGACACACACAUGAACCCAUAGACACACACUUUGUGGAACUUCACAUGGAAAGUGAGUCACCCGACUGCAGCUGCAGUAGCGGCAGGAAUGCGGGAGGAGACCUGGUGGAGUAGAAAACCAUGCAAACACAGUAUGGCUAUCUGGCAAAGGGACAUGGCCACGCCGGGUCCUGCAUACGGAACUACACCCUGAAAGUGGGUUACCAACCUUCAGUCUGAGAUUGGCAGGCAUUUAGAGAGGUACCUGGUAAAGUAGGGAACCCUGCGAACCAGUAUGUGGGGUACUGGAGUGCGGCCUAUGCAACGGGCGACCUGGCAGUGUAGGAGAUCCAGCUGACGAAGGACUGGCUGAAUGGCAGCAGUCCCAUGUACCUGCAGGGACCCUCAUCCAGAUCCCUCAGAAGUGAGGUACGGGAAACCUGGCCAUGCCUGUGACAGCCCUGAGACCAGAGACCGAUGGCAGCGGAAACUGUGUAGACAACAGUCUGGCUGAACAGAUACACCUCUAGGUGCUGGCAAAAAGAGACCAGUCAGAUAGGCGAUCACUGUGCCCCAUGUCAUUGGUGGGAGGUCGGGAAGGCCUAGGAGCCAUGGAUAGAAACUGCGCCCCCUGGGAGAUCGGGGGAGGCUGAGGAGCCGUGGAGCGCAUCCCUGUCAUCCCGUAUAGGGUCCAUAGGACACGCUGGGUCACUUCUUUGUAUACCGCGCACAGCAGUGGGGAACAGGAACUCCAGCUGCAGAUACAUCAGUUGUGUGACAGGAAGCGGAGGAAACCAUGCAGACCACUGUCUGGCUUACUGAUAUGGGUCCAUGGUAAACAACGGGUCAUUUCUUUGGACACCUCGCACAGCAGUGUGGUACCGGAACUCCAGAUGCAGAUACAUCAGCUGUAUGAUGAGUGACAGGCAGUGGAGGAAACCACGCAGACUACUGUCUGGCUGACUGGUAUGGGUCCAUAGUAUACAACGGGUCACUUCGGACACCUCGCACCAGCAGUGGCGUACCGGAGUGCCCUGCGUACCCUGCGCUAAAUCUGCCCAUGAGGUCCCCAAAGAGAGAUGGGCAUGACAUCCACACCAUGGGGACCACUGAAGAAAAAACACACGUGGACAGCCCCAGGAGUGGCAACGGCACGGAGCGGCACGCUCAGAAGCGCCUGCUAAGCCGCCGCACAGUUCCGAGGCCAGGAGACAAGAACGGGCCAGACAGGAAGAGCUCCCGUGGCUCAGGGAGGCCGACGAUGCCGCUCUGACUACAGCGUCACGGCCGCGGGUACCCGUCGGUCAUAAGAAGAAGCAGUGUAGCGUGAUAACCUGGAGGGAAGGCAUUGCCUGGCUCAGGGGUACAAGAAAGGCUGAUCCAUGUGCCACCAUAACCCCCGAUCAUGAAGAGGAGGCGCGGCCUGGCCUCCCGGAUCACGCAGUGACCCGGGGGGAGAAGGGCGGUGCCAUUUGCCGCCAUAACCCCCUCACCCAGCACGCUGCCGACCCCCACAGUGGGGGUAAGGAAAACCAAUAUAGCUGGCAGAAUGCAGUUCAGAGGUGAGCAGGGAAGAACACCUGCGGAGGGAGCCACUGAAAAGGGCCAGUGGCUGUCCUCCAGAAAACCUAGUACACAGAAACACAGACCUCCCAGGGGACCUGAGUGAGCCCUACACAUAAAGCUCCCAAUAGGACAGAGUCCCUUUUUAAAGACUAAAGGGGGAGGGGGGAAUAUACUCACCUGCGGACACCAUCUUCUUAUAAUCACCCAAGCGUCUUCAACCAGCUUAUGGCCAUGCUGCAUCAUACCAGGCUAAAGAUAGCGGGGCAAGCAGGGGCAAUGGGGGAUCCGGACCCAGGGUACAACCUCCAGGCGCUGGUCCUUGGCGAUAAGGGGUUGACAGUCUGUACUGUUAUGUUCCAUGUCCCUUUGUCACAUAUAGGGGAACAGGUAGCGCUAUGCUCUUGUACUCCCACAUGAAAAAGGGAAACAAAAGGGAGGAAAAAACUAAACCGCCCUUACUAGAGAAUAAUAAAAAAAAACAAAAAAGACCAGGUCUGGGGAGCUCUCAGACAUGUGUCUUGCCUCCUACUGACACUAGCUAAAACUGAUUACCUCACUUCCAGUGGGCGGGUAUAUCCUGCCAGGGAGGAGCCAACUUUUUUUUCCCUAGUGUCAGCACCUCCUAGUGGCAAGAGCAUAUACCCCAAUGAAGAGCGACCGAGAAAUAAGUGUUCUGUUGUCCAUAGGCUAUAUAUGUCAUUGCACCUCAGCCACAUACACUAGAUUGGUGUAAUCUGAGGCACGGCCAAUGCAUAAGAGUAGUGCUGUUUUUGUUUAAUAGCAUUUAUUUUCUCUAAGGUUAGAUGCUCUUAAAUCUCCAUGGUUUGGUUAUAAACAUGUACCAUAGUUCCUUCUUAAUUGUAGUAUAUAUAUAUUUUUUUUUAAUCCCCAAGUUAUACUGUACAUCUGCACAGCAACGUAUACAGUUCAAAGGCUAAAAUAAGGAACCACAGAGAAAGCACAUGGGAGAAAAAGGGUGAAAUAGCACUUGAUACCCUAUUUAUUUACAAUCUCUCCCCCAUUGACAGGCUUAUAUCUCUGUAGUAGUUAAAGAUGUAUUCUGGUAUGCGAGUUGACUUCAUUUGUGAUAUAAAGUAAGGAUCCUCAAUACGUAGUAUGUAAAUCGCUUUAGUAGUUUUCUCCAUGAUCACAUGCUACUUACUGCCCCAAAAUUUGAUGUUAAAGGGGUAUUUUUUUUAUAUCAACUGGCACCAGAAAGUUAAACAGAUUUGUAAAUGACUUCUAUUAAAAAUCGUAAUCCUUCCAAUAAUUAUCAGCUGCUGAAGUUGAGUUAUUUUCUGUCUGGCAACAGUGCUCUCUGUUGAUAUCUCUGCUUGUCUCAGGAACUGCAUAGAGUAGAAGAGGUUUGCUAUGGGGAUUUGCUUUCUUCUCUGGACAGUUCCAGAGACAGGUGUCAUCAGAGAGCACUUAGAAAAUAACAACUCAACUUCAGAAGCUCAUAAGUACUGAAGGGAUUAAGAUUUUUUUUUAAUAGAAGUAAUUUACAAAUCUGUUUAGCUUACUGGAGCCAGUUGAUAUAUAGAAAAAAGUUUUUUCAAUAGUUCAUUGCAGGAUACUACCUGCAGUUCAAGCUCAGCUUUCUGGUCUCACCUACUCAGUUGCAGCACUUGGAGUUAUUGAGGAUGACCUGUUUGUUACAGCAGAGAAUUGGAACUAGGAACUAUUGUAAGGUUCAGUAGUAUAUGUGAGGGAACACAAUAUGAAGUGCACAAAAUGCUGGACACAAUUUUAAGCAGUCAGGGGAAUAUAGGGGGAGGAAAAUAGCCUGGAGUAUAGGGCAGCAAUGCAUGAUGGGAUUUGUAGUCUGCUACCCACAUGGACUGCUGCAGAAACCCCACCCAGGAGCACAAGGGACCACAUGUGGCAAAAAGGGUUACAUGUUUAGGAUGCAGUAUUAGAGUUACACUGUUGCUCUGAGUGUAAUGUACCUACACCCUGCUUUUACGCCAUUCAUCUAAACUUUAGACUACCCCUUUAUGCUUGUCUAGGGCUCUGAAACAACAAAUGCGCAAAUACACACAAUACAUUCUAGAGUCACACUUGUGAUCACAGCUAUUCAUUUUAUUUAUGUACCUAAAGCUUAUUAUUUUUGUACGGUAGAUAAACAUAUAGGCGGGAUAGAACAUUCCGAUACUUCACAAUAUUACAGAGAAUAAUAACUAAUACACCAAUUGUUAAAGGAGUAGAUGAGUAAAGCAUUGUUUUCAUUUAUUGUUCUGUGUAAAUAUAGGUUUAUAUGUGUAACUGUUCUGACCAGCCUUCUACUAUAGGGAAAUAUACAAAAACGGAAUGCAAACGUAAUGAUGCAUAGCGUAUUCUACACACCUAUUCACCGGACAUUUUGGAGUAAAACAGUCCUACAGGAAACCGGUCUAGUAAUUCUUAGGUAAUCUGCAUUGGAAUAAUAGGAAAAGAACUGCGAUGGCUAUGGAACAAAAGGAUAUGUCCCUCUAAUGCUAUCCAUAUACAUUAGGGCAGCAAACAACUCUUUUUCCCAAUCCUCAUAUAUACUUGCACACUGAAAGGGAAACUCCAGAGGAAACAAGUGGAAAACAAAUGUUUUUAAAUCAACUGGUGCCAUAAAAUUAAACAGAUUUGUAAAUUACUUCUAUUUUAAAAUCUGAAGCCUUCCAGUACUCAUCAGCUGCUGUAUACUACAGAGAAAAUUGUGCAGUUCUUUCCAGUCUGACCACAGUUCUCUCUUCUGACACCUCUGUCCGUGUAAGGAAUUGUUCAGAUUAGAAGAAUAUCCCCAUAGAAAAUCUC